AUGAGUGGCUCCGGUGUGCAGCUUCACAAUGUUUUCGUCUAUGGUAGCUUUCAAGAGCCUGAGGUUGUCAAGGUCAUGCUUGAUCGAAUUCCUGAGAUGAUCUCUGUAACACUCCCUGGCUUUAAGAGGUUUAGGCUUAAAGGACGUUUGUAUCCAUGUGUUAUACCGUCUGAAGAUGGAGAAGUUCAUGGAAAGUUACUAAUGGGAUUAACGGAUGAAGAACUUGAGAAUGUAGAUGCUGUUGAGGGUGAUGAAUAUAAGAGAGUCACAGUUGGUGUUGUACGAGAGGACAACUCUGAGAAGAUGACUGUGAAAACAUAUAUAUGGAUCAAUAAAGAUGAUCCAGAUAUCGAAGGAGAAUGGGAUUUCGAGGAAUGGAAACGACUACACAUGAAGAAAUUCAUAGAGACGUUCACCGAAAUCAUGGAAUGGAAGAGGAAUCCUCAAGGAAAGGGUAGGGAUGACUUCAAGCAUAUGUUACGCGAUGAGCCAACGGCGUGA